UGUCUAUGUUGAGAUGAAGAUUGCAGAGGCCUGCGUUUCACUUCUUUCAUGCAUUCUCCUGCUUUCAGGACGUGGCGUUUAUGCUUCCUCCUAUGACUAUUCUGCAACAAUGGAGUGCUUGGCAGCUCCCGAGAGAGCUCGAUAUGGCGGAGGUAUAAUCGAGUUCACUCAGGGAACAAAUGGGAGCAAGUUCAUUUCAGUGCACAAUAAAACACGCUCAUUGCAGACUGUCACGCUUGCGAAUGGGAACUUAUAUACAUUUUCAGCUUGGAUUCGGCUCGGGAAAGGGAGUGAGAGUGAGGCUGUAGCUGUUGUGUUCAAUGCUUCUGGUGGUAAAUUGAUUCAUGGAGGCGAAACCAUAGCCAAGCAAGGGUGCUGGUCACUGUUGAAAGGAGGCAUAGUGGCAGAAUUCUCAGGCCAUGUUGAUGUUCUUCUGAUGAUGCAGAGUAGAACAAAUGGUGUGGAGAUAUGGGUUGAUAAUGUUUCAUUGAAACCAUUCACAGCAAAACAAUGGAGAUCCCACCAAGAAAAAAGCAUUCACAAGGUCCGUAGGAAGAAGGUGUCAUUCGAGGUAACUUAUGCCAAUAAAACUGCAGUAGAUGGUGCUUUGAUCUCGAUCCACCAAACUGAUUCAGGCUUCCCAUUGGGAUGUGGAAUGAACCACCACAUCCUCACGAGCGAAGGUUAUCGGCGAUGGUUCGCCUCGAGAUUCAAGGUUACCAGUUUCACCAAUGAGAUGAAAUGGUACAGCACGGAGAAAAUACGAGGCAAGGAAAACUAUACGGUUGCGGAUGCGAUGGUGAAAUUCACCGAGCAGAAUGGGAUUUCCAUUAGAGGUCAUAACGUUUUCUGGGACAAUAAAAGAAUGCAGCCUAAAUGGGUUAAAGACCUUCCUCCGGCCGAGCUGAUGAACGCGACGACUCGAAGGUUGAAUUCAGUGGUUUCGAGAUAUGCAGGGAAGUUAACAGGAUGGGAUGUAGUGAAUGAGAAUCUGCAUUUCAGAUUCUUCGAGGAUAAACUCGGCGAAAACGCGUCUUACGCCUUCUACUCAAUGGCUUACCAUCUCGAUCCGAAUACGACCCUUUUCAUGAACGAGUACAAUACGAUAGAAAACAGUAAGGAUCAUGCAUCCACUGCUUCGAAAUACAAGGAGAAGCUCCAGAAGAUCCUUUCUUUUCCGGGGAACAAAGGCCUAAAGGCGGCAAUCGGAUUGCAAGGCCAUUUCGGUGCCGCGAAACCGAACAUUGCAUACAUGAGAUCUGCUUUGGACAUUCUAGGAACAAUGGGGUUGCCUAUAUGGCUCACGGAAGUCGACGUGAAAGGACCGAAUCAGGCACAAUACUUGGAAGACAUACUACGUGAGGCUUAUUCUCACCCUGCGGUCGAAGGCAUUAUCAUCUUCGGCGGUCCCAAAGUUUCCGGAUUCGAUGUUAUGACUCUAGCGGAUUCGGAAUUCAAACCUACACGGAUCGGAGAAGUUGUGGACAAGCUGAUUAAGGAGUGGAAAUCUGGCAGGACAGAAAUUAGAACUGAUAGUAGAGGAUGGUCUGAAGUUUCACUCUUUCAUGGUGAUUAUAAGGUAAAUGUUUACCAUCCUUUAACUGGAUUAUCAACUACCAUCAGCUUAGAAGUAACGAAAGAUAUGGAAAACACUACUGUCCUUGUCCAGUUCGGUGUUUGAAUUAUUGUUACAGAC